AUGGAGAAACACAACAAUUCCGAAGCUAUCGAAUUCGACUGGGAAUCAAAGUGGCUAAAAGGUGAAGAAUAUAGCUAUAUUCUAACCCAUAAAGAUACAUAUUGCGAAAAGUAUGGGAUGAAAAAAUAUGCUAGCAAAACCCACCCCCAGUCAAUUUACAUCCAGCCCAAAAAUGGGCAAAUUUACUUUGUAAAAGGAUCAUCCAUUGGCUCAGAGUUUGGAUUUCCAAGAGUUGACAUCAAAAAGAGAUACAGGUGGAAAAAGAUGAACUUCACGACUGAGCUUCCUAAAAGACAGCCUAUUGUCACAUAUAUAGUGGCUUCAGCUGUAAAAUGUGAAAAAUCGUCACCAAAUGAACAAAAAAUUGGGCCUUCUUAUAGAAUGCAUGCCGUUGUCCUUAGCCAACCUGAAGAAGAUCCUUAUAUUUUAUGCCAUGUAAGGAAGCUUAGCCAAGAUGAGAAUACCCCUAUUGAGACAGAAUCUCCAAUUGUAAAAAAACUCAAAAGAGAGCCUUUGGCUCCAAUUGAAAAUGGCUUACAUGAUUUAUUGAACGCUUCUAAUCUUUUAAUGUCACCAAUUAAAUCCACCCCUUUGUAUGUAGGAAACAUAUUAUCUAUUAAUUUAAAUUUAAUGGAUUCUAUUAAUUUUUUUUUAAUUUAUAAUAAAUAAUUAAUAUAAAUAGAAAGAGUAUAAAUUCUAAACAAUUGAAUUUCAGCGAUCUUGAGCACGAUUAUGUGUCUAUGUUCAAAAACAACAGCAUUAAUAAGUUUCCUGCCCUUUCUACUCACUUCAAGGCUCCAUUUUUCAUCACUCAAGCCUAA